CGAUAAUGAGCUGAUUAGAUUCGCACGCGAGUGGCGCCGGCGCGGGCGCCGGUCGUGUACCUUGCGACUAAGGAAUGUUUUCUCGUGCUUGCUCUUCCAGCUUCCAGGUCGAAAUGGCCGCCGGGCGGGGGCGGCUGGGCUUGUUCAACCUGUACGUGGCAUUGUCACGCAGUUCGGGACGUCAAACUAUUCAUAUAUUGCGGGAGUUUGAUGACCAUGUAUUCCAAGGCGCUCAUGAUGAGUACCAGUACCUACUACAGGAGGACAACCGGUUGGAGAGGAGGAGGUGAGACAAAAAUGCAUGGGCAAAUGUUUGUGGUGUAC